AUGAGAGCAUAUUUGGACACGGGUAGUGAAUUAAAUGUGAUGGCGCAAGAUGCUGCGAAAGCGAUCAAAGUACAAAUAAAACCUACGAAUAUUAUAUUAAAAGGAUUCAAUGGACAAGCACGAGCUAGUGGAGAAUUCCGAUUUACCCUUUCUGUCGACGAAGUUGAAAUGGAAAUGACUGCAGUUAUUGCUAAUAUUGAUUUUGGAAAUUUUGCACUUAUAAUAGGGCAACCUAUUAUUAACAACAAAAGAAUAGAGCUUAACGUAACAAAGAAUGGAGUAAAGAUAUCUAUGACAUCAUGUCCUGAGAGAAUCCUAGGUGCAUUAGAUAUUGUCGAAGCAGUCAGCCGAUUUAGAGUUAGAGUAAUUGAGGAUACAGAGGUGCUAGUUGGAGAUACGUUAGUUAAAGUAUUGGUAGAAGUUGUAAAUGAGGGAAAUGUUUGUACUAAACCAAGGCAGCAUAGUAUGGGUAAGGUAGACUAUGCAAUCGCUAGUAUGGUUAUUCGGAAUGGUACUGGUUAUUUGAAGGUUUGCAAUGUUGGUGUAGUGCCAUUUAUGUGGAAAAAAGGAGAGGUUGUGACACGAGCGGAGAGAUGUGAGGAGAUGACUGAGGUGAAUUCAAAAAUAUUUUCUUUGAGAAAUGUAUCACAGGUGACGAAGGAAAGUGAUAUUGUGGGUGGUAUUAACCCUCCGUGUACCAGGUGA